AUGGCAUUCAGUAUAACACGCCCGGCUUCUCCUCAACUUCCUACUUCUACUCCCAUAGAUGAUCAUCUCAGUACAGCUCUUCACGCCGCUCUUAGUCGCGUACACGACGACAUGGUCCACCAAGACAGAUCACAUCAUCACCCACCACCUGACAAGUCUCGCAUAGAUAUAAUCCUGGAUUCUGAUGUCCUUGCACUGAAAGGCACAACAGUAGACAUCGAGCCUGCCUUACUUUCUGGACAUGUCGUCCUCACUCUCUCCGAAGCGACAUCCAUCAAAGAAAUAAAUCUCCAGUUUCGUGGCAAAACUCGCGUACCACCAUCUCUUCACGAAUCAAUUUCCCUUAACUCAUCUGGGCAGACAUACAGUAUCUGCACAUAUGAUUGGUCCUUCCUCGAAGGCGAGAAACGCCACUCUCACACCCUCAAAGCAGGCAAACACCUUUUCCCAUUCUCGCUCGCCCUCGGCGGUUCCCUCCCCUCCUCAAUACACCUCCCCUCCACUGCUUCCCAAUCAUUCAUCUCCUAUAAACUCCGUGCAACCGCCGUCCGUCCUGGCCUCGCGCACAACCUCCAUGCAUCCCACCCUGUUUCCCUAAUACGAAGUUUCGCAACAGACUCGCUCGAGUAUCAGCAGACACUUGAAAUCGAGAACACAUGGCCUGAUAAACUCAUGUACAGUAUUGUCCUCCCCCAUCGCGCUUGGGCUGCCGGUGAUACCGUUACUGCUCUCUGCAAAUUUAUCCCUCUUGUCAAAGGUGUCCGCGUCCUCAGUGUCAUCACCAACCUCAACGAGACCGUGAAGAUUCCUUCAAGGGGGAGCGAAUUCACCAGAGCUGUUGUGGCUACAAAACACGAGGUUACCAAUGGUAAACUCAAGCUUGUCAGCGAAAGUUGGUAUGGCAUCAGGCAGCCCAUCGGCACCAGCUCCAAAUUGCAUCCCCCUGGCGCUACCGAUGUCAGUGUGCCCACGUCCCCUGCUCAGGAGGAUAGACCACCAAGUUUUCAUCUACCCGAUCUAUCCCUCCAUCAGGUCCCCAGCAUACCAUCUUCGUCCUCUUCCCAUUCUCACUCUCAUCCAAUCGCAAGUUUCUCCUUCGCUCCUUCAGAUGAUUCCGAUCCCUCCCACAAUGAACCCCCAGACGUCGCUUCAGACGAAUUCACCUCAACAGACCUCAUCUCCCCGCUCUCCCUCACCCUCCCACCAACUCUCCCUCCGUCCCAUGCUUUUGACCCAAUCCACAUCGCACACCGAAUCCGCUGGUCCAUCCUUAUGUCAAACCUCGACGGGCAUACUUCUGAACUCCGCUGCAGCCUCCCCAUAACCAUACUCGAUGGGUGCCUCCUCACAGAAGCUCGCGCUGCUGGGCGUUGGGUUCGCCGUGUAGUUUUAGGCGAUCACGUCCAAGGUGAAGGCGAGAGUGCUGGCGCUGGCAUCUUUGGAGAAGCAGAAGACAACGAGGAGGAAGGUGAGAUGCUGCCCAGUUACACCGCUCACGUUAGGGACCGCGUCGCCAACGCCUUCCUACCCGCCGGAUCCACCAUGCGCGUCGUGAACCCCUAUGUGUCCACAGCACCACACAUUCCCCCCUCACCAGGAAGUGCUACCAACGCAUCCUUCCCGCCGCGUUCAGGAACGAGCUCGCCACUACAUCCACACUCACACUCACAUCCACACCCACAUGCGCAUGCACAUGCACACACACUCCCGCAGAGCGUACUCGAUUGGGUCAAUUGUGAACUUUUAGGUCAUCCACGAUCGCCGAAUUCUGAUCCUACGAGCCAAGUCCCAAGUCGACUUGUUUCUCGUGCGCCUAGUCCCGAGCGGCGUAUGCGGGGGGCGAUAGGUCCGCCUAUAGCCAUCUCCGCCCCAGAUUCACAUAGACCUGCUCAGACUUCAGCAUCUGGCCCUGAAACGUAUACCCACUCACCGCCUGCAUCCCGCACGCGAGGCACGUUACUCACGGUCGCGAUGAAGCCACUUCCUUCUGGGUGGUUGAGCGGGGGCUCGAGGACUGGGAGCCAUUCCAAUCUUGCGGGGAUGACAAAUGGACACGGAUUGGGGAUGUCGAACGUCAGUGGGUCGUAUGGGGUGUCUGGGGGUGGAGGAGCCCAUCUCCAUUCACGAUCAUUUGGGAAUCUGGUAUCGCCACUUCAACCCCUCGAAUACCCACAAGGAUUGGCCUCGAAUACGGGAGGAUAUUCACGUCCGCACGCUGCGUUUAGUGUUGCACCCGACUAUCGCGUGUCGUUUCAGGGAUGUGUCCCCCCACUAUCGAGUUUAGCGGGUUUGCCCAGUUAUGAGGAGGCUGCUGGAUCUGGAGUGCGGCAGGAGACGCGACGGCCUGGGUUGCGUUUGAGUUUUGAUGGGAGACGGGGAAGGGCGCUGGAGGGGAGACGUUCUCCGUAUGAUGGUGAACAUUCUCCUCGUGAUGAGCAACAUCCUAUCCUCCAAGACGGGUCACACCAUAUCUUGCAUGACGAGUCACUUCCAGUUAUGCAUGACGGGCGACAUCAUUCUAGCACGCACGACAAUUUCCAUCCAAUUCAACACGAUAGGCCUCCUUCUAAUCCGCACGAUGCGUGGGAUGGAAUACGGUUGAGGGUGCCGAUUCCUCGGUGGAGGAGGGAGAGCGCUGAGGGGUCGUAA